AUGACUGCAAUCAAACCCAGUACCUCCCCACGGACGGGGCCACCGCCACCUCAACAGGCUGAGGUGAUUGAGGACCCGCUGGCAACAACCUUUGAACUGGGAUCUCAACAAGACGAUGGAGUCGUCUGGCGGAUCCUCGUCGGGCUCCCAAACGUGCCUGCCCCCGUUGAAGGUUACUCCGCAUUCAUCUCCACCGAUGGUAACGCAACCUUUCCUGUUCUCUGGCACCAGCGCGAGCAACUUGCACCCGAGGCGCCGGUCGCGCUGAUCGGCAUCGGAUACCCAUGCUCGACACGGUUCGACCAGGCCCGCAGGUGGUACGAUUUGACAUCCCCUCACAUGGUUCAGCCAGCUGCAGAGCCUUCGCGCGGUCCCGGCGACCACCGAACCGGCGGACGAGAAGCACUUCUGGACAUGGUCCAGACGCUGCUCCUUCCUGCCCUCAAGCAACGCAUACCGCUCAACAUGUCCAACCUGACGCUGUACGGCCACUCGCUCGGAGGUCUCUUCACAGUCCACGCCAUGUUGACACGGCCGCGCUUGUUCACUCGAUACGUUGCCGCCGACCCUUCAACGUGGUGGAACAGCGGCGAGAUUGUGCGGGAGGCUCGUGUGUUUCUGGGUGGAGUCGCAGCUGCCGGUGGACGGGUCACGCCGCGGACCUCGCUGUGGAUCUGCCAGUCUGGAGCUUGGAACGGUGCCAAGGCAAACCGUCCUGCUCCACACGAUCUCGUGUCGUCGCUGGGCGGGGUCGAGGGUCUCCAUGUCACCCUGACGGAGUAUCCUGAUGAGACACAUGGGUCGCUCAUUGAACCCUCUCUCGCCCAGACAUUGCUCCUGCAUGUUACGUAG